AUGGGAGUCUUCUCAGGAAGUAAUCGGUCCUACCACAUUCUUCACCGCAAAUGGCCCAAGAUUUCGCGCAAGGCAACCGUCUGGAUGAUGCCGCUAGAACUCAUCGGUCUGAUUGCCGUGCUCGUCAUCUACGGCAUCGCACAGCCCGAUCUCUAUCGCACAAAGAUGUGGCAGAUUGGCUUCGACAAUAAACUCAACUCCAAUCCCAACAUGAUCAUCUACGCCUACGCCAAUUUCACGCCACUGCCCAAUGUACCGCUCAUCUGGUCCUCCACCUUGACCAACUUUAACGUCGCCAUCUCCGUCAUUUCGCUCUUCUUCCUCCUGGCCAAGCUCAUUGCCUUCAUCAUGAAGCUGUGGUUUCCUAUCAUUGCCGUCUUCAUCAACACGGCGCUCCUGGCUCUCUACACAGUCAGUAUCUACGGCCAGAUUGGUCCCGACUAUGCCGACUCGCGCUACCCCUCCCCCGCCGCGUGGUACCUUCGCCAGGGCUGCGGUCUCGCCAAGCGCUACGGCGCCUACAAGUCGUGCCAGAUUGCCCAGGGCUCUCUCGGUGCAACAUUUUACAUGCACAUCUUGUAUUUGCUCAACCUUGGAUUCGCCAUUUACGCCAUGUGGCCUAAAAGUGGCCACCACUUGGAGGACGAGUCGGACAGCGAGUCGAUCCACAGCACCCAGAACCUCAAGGGCACUGAGAUGCAGGCAUUUCCCUCGACGCCCUUUACUCCUCGCACACAGGCUUUCCACACUCUGGACCGAAAGCUGCCUCUUCGCCAGGAAGUGACACGAUUCGCAUAA